UAUAAAAUUACUUUUUAUAUAAAGUUUGGGGUUUUUAAAUUACAUAUGCAAGUUUGGGGUGUUUACUUUGUACCCCUUCAAAGUUUGGGAUAUUUUAAUUACUUUUCCCUUUAGAAAUAGAAACAUUUAUAUGCCAUAUCUAUUUAGUAGUUAAUGAAUAGUUAAACUAUUUGUCUCGAUCACAAUAAAUAAAAUAAAGAAAAAAUUACAUUAAUAUAACUACCUUAAACCCCACUAACAAAAGUAUGACUAUUUGCCCUACUUUUACUCCUUGGUUGUCGUACGAGUUCCUUAUGAAUAGUCACUUUUUUGUAAUCCCAAAUAUUAUUGGUAAUAUUUAUGUAAAAAAACUCAUAAAUAUAUCACUUGGAAAUAAUAGAAAAUAGUGGAUUAAGGAGCGCAAGGGUUUCUGGGCACGGUCGCCGCCUGCUGUUCCUGGAUCAGCCAUGGCCAUCGCUUCUCAACAAAUGAUGGCGUCAAUUUAAGUUACAGAAAAAUUGUGGUGGAGUUUUUUUUCGGGCGACUUGUUCGUGUCUGGCGAUUUCCUCUGUUUUCUGCUGCUUGGUGGCUUUGUGAGAUUGCCUUUGGCUUCAGUAUCUUUGCUACUCUUGCGAUUUUGAAUUCGGUUUGCCUUGUGUAUUUACCAGGUGGGUGAUUUUCCGUUUUUGCUACUGUGUGAAUCGAGUGACUUUGAUUUCGAUCUCAGCGGAUAAUAUAUAGGUUUGGCUCCAUGAAUAUUUUGAGUUGGGACUGUAGAGGUUUGGGUAAUCCGGCCACUGUUCAAGGGUUGUCGGAUAUUAUUCAUCAACACCGGCCGACGAUUGUGUUCUUGAUGGAGACUAAAUUGAGGUGUCAGCGGCCUAAAGAGAUUAUUCAAGCGAAAGGGUUCGCAAAUACAGCGGGAACUGAUAGUGAUGGUAGGAGUGGGGGGCUGGUUCUCGGUUGGAAUGAUGAUGUGCAGUUGUUGGUCAUCGAAGAGAACCCAAACUUCAUUGAUUGCAAGGUGAGUUCAUCGACGGGCAAUAUGGACUCGCAGUUAACUUGUUAUUAUGCUUACUCGGAGACGGUUCAUAGGCGAGUGGCCUUGAACAUGAUGAAGGGUUUGGCGGAUAAUAAUUCUCUGUCAUGGUUGGUUAUUGGGGAUUUUAAUGAUAUCUUAUAUGAAUCAGAAAAGAAAGGAAGAGUUCCUCAUCCUGUAUGGAGAAUGCGUGGUUUCCAGGAAGCUUUAUUGUCGUGCGGUCUACGAGACUUUCCAUUUGAUGGAUACUAAUGGACAUGGGAGCGAGGAAAGGGGACACAGUAUUGCGUGGAGGAGAAACUUGAUCGGGUUCUUGUAAAUGAUCAGUGGUGGGAUAAAUUUUCGGAUGCUAGAGCAACGAUGGUUGAAGCCCCAGUUAGUGAUCAUAUGGCUCUGUGGAUGUGUAUUGUUCCAACUACUCGAAAGAGGAAGGCUAGGAAAUUUAUAUUUGAGAAUAAUUGACUGUGGGAGGAAAGAUGUAGAGCAGUAGUAAUUAAUAGUUUGGGAGUAGGCGAACAUAUGCCUGUGAAUGAGAGAAUUCUUUUUUGGGGAAAAGAAUUAUUGUGGUGGGAUCAAUGCCAUACAAAAGGUUAUCAUCAUCAAAUAGAGGCAUUUUAAAAAAGGCUGGAAGACCUAUGUGGUCGAGAUGAUGAGGGGAGUGUGGCCGAAUUUGUUAGAGUGAGGAUGGUGCUUCAAACAUUGAUGGAAAAGGAGAACCAAUAUUGAAGACAUCGAACAAAAGAUUUUUGGCUAAAAGAAGGUGAUAUUAAUUCUUGUUUCUUCUAUAAUGCAGUUAACAGAGGCGGCGUAAAAAUAAAAGGGGGGACUUGAAGAUGGAAGAUGGGGAGUGGGUCUCGAAUAGAGGUAUGCUUGCAGGCAUUAUUAAAAAUUAUGUUUCUGACCUAUUUAGUCCAGUUUCGAGCAGUACAACAGAGUGGGAGGGUAGAGUUUUCCCCCAAGUUUAGGGUAGACAGAAUGGGAGGCUUACCCGUGCUAUCAGUCCAGAGGAGGUUAAAGAGGCCAUUUUUGACGUGCAUCCAGAGAAAGCGCCUGAGUCAGAUGGGAUGAAUCUAGCUUUUUUCCAAAAACUUUGGUACAUAGUAGGUCCAGAUAUCACGCGGCUUUGUACAGGUAUUUUUGAUACAGGGGUCAUGCCUAUGGAAUUAAAUAUAACUAAUAUUGUUCUAAUUCCUAAUAUUGGAGGCCGAUUGCUUUGUGUAAUGUGGUUUUAGUAAUGAGCCGAGUGCUAAAAGCAAAAUAUUUCCCAAAUUGGAGUUGUUUAGAUGCUAGAUUGGGGAGUAAUCCUUCAUUUAUUUGGAGAAGCAUUUUUGAAGCACAGGCUGUGAUUAAAAAUAAUAUUAGAAGGCGGGUGGGUAAUGGUAUUAAGGUACAAGUAUGGGCGGAUGCGUGGUUACCGGGACGCGGGUCAGGGAAGAUCACUUCACAUCGGCCUCUCGGAAUUAGAGACAUGAAUGUGGCAGCUUUCAGGGAUAUUACGGGGAGGCAUUGGAAUGUUGAUCGGAUAAACAAUUUAUUUAAUGAAGAGGAUAGACUCUUAAUCCUUAGUAUCCCUGUUAGUGCCCAAGACCGUAAGGAUGGUUAUUGGUGGAAAAGGGAAAAUAAUGGAGAUUAUUCGGUGAAGAGUUGUUAUAGAUCGCUUAUGGGCGAGUUCCAGGUUGAGGGCUGGAAGGGGUGGAAGCAAUUAUGGGACCUUAAGGUCCCACCAAAAUUUAAAUUUUUUGUUUGGCAAGUUUUAGAUGGCUCACUCCCGGCAGUUGACAGCCUCAGGAAAAAGGGGUGGUGAUACCGCAUGGAUGCAAGCUGUGUGGCGGCGAUUCGGAGUUCGUGGAGCAUGCUCUAUGAUCAUGUGACAGUGUCCAGCAAGCCUGGAGUGCAAUGGGUGGAUUUGCAGAGUUGCAACAAACCGAGGAGGCAACUUGGCGUACCAGUCGGUUCAACAAGCUGGACGUGGAAGAUAGGAGCAGGUUUGUGGCUAUUCUGUGGAGUAUUUGGAAGAGAAAGAACAACACGGUUUGGAAUGAUUAAGUGCAGGAGACAUCAUGCGUUCUUAAUACAGCGGCUAGCAUGCUGGCUAACUGGAAAGAAGCACAAGAUCUGGGGCCGUUUAAAUCAGCUCAGGGCGGGGCAAGAAAGGAAUAUUGGGUUAAACCGAGACAUGGAAGAAUCAAAAUUAAUGUUGUUGGAGCGGUGGACCAAGAUGGUCAGAAAAGAGCAUGGAGAUGGAUUGCUAGAGAUGACAGUGGAGCUUUUCUUCGAACUGUAGGUGCCUCUAGUACGGCAGGAUGGACUGUAGCUGAGACAGAGGCUAUAGGUAUAUGGGAUGCUAUCCGUGCAACAGAAGAGGAGGGCUGGCAAAAGGUGAAGGUUGAAACGGACGCACUUUCAGUGGUACAGGGUAUUAUAUAAAAGGAGAGGGUUCGUCGAACCUUCACCUUAUCAUUGAUGAUAUAAGGAAGAUUUUAAAAGCAAAGAGUAAUUUUAUUGUCUCUUUUUGUAGAAAGUUUGCGAAUCGUGUUGUUCAUGUUCUUGCAAGGGCACAUGUUUCUAUCUCAGAUCAGAGGAUUAUUUAUU